AUGGAGGAGUCCAAAGAAAAGGCUAUUUCAAUUGAGCAGGGCCUGAAAUUAACAAGUAGUGGAGGUGUUCCACUAAAUGAUGCAACACCAUUUCGACAGCUUGUGGGUAGUUUAAUUUAUUUAACUAUCACAAGGCCUGAACUUUGUUACUCGGUUAGUGUGGUAUCACAAUUUAUGCAACAUCCUACUUAUCAACAUUGGGAUGCGGCGAAAAGGAUUCUACGAUAUAUUAAAGGCACUCUGGAUUAUGGUCUGAUGUAUAGAAAUUGUGAAAAGAUUCAACUAGUUGGGUACACAGAUGCGGAUUGGGCAGGUAGUGUAGAAGAUAGGCAUUUAACUACUGGAUAUUGUUUUAGUAUGGGUUCAUCAAUGGUGUCCUGGUGCAGCAAGAAACAACCGGUUGUUGCUUUGUCGAGCACAGAAGCAGAGUAUGUGGCAGCAAGCAUGGCGGCACAGGAGUGUGUUAGGCUAAAAUGA